GAGUUUAGGGAAAAGGGGCUUGGUCCCGUGCUCGCUCGCGCGACGCGAACGCGCAAUGAAAUUAGCAUCGAUGAAGUUUGUGCGAACAUGGCGGAUUUCCUGCCGACCAGGUCCGUGUUAAAAGUUUGCCUGCCCGUCUGCCUGCUCAACAGCGGCGAGGUGGAACAAACGCGAAAGUCCAAAGAGAUCGACAAAUGUCUCUCCCGGGAGAAAACGUACGUGAAGCGGCUGGUAAAGAUCCUGCUGCUGGGCGCUGGCGAGAGCGGCAAGUCGACUUUCCUCAAACAAAUGCGGAUCAUUCACGGCCAGGACUUCGACCAGCAGGCUCGCGAGGACUUCAAAAGCACGAUUUACUGCAACGUUAUCAAAGGUAUCCGCGUGUUGGUGGACGCCCGGGAGAAGCUGCACAUCCCGUGGGGCGACCCAGACAACCAGCAGCACGGGGACACCCUGAUGGCCUUCGACACCCGCUCGUCCAAGGUGGCGAGCGGCAAUCUGGACACGUCGGUGUUCCUGCAGUACCUGCCCGCCAUUUCAGCUCUGUGGGCCGACUCGGGCAUUCAGAACGCCUACGAUCGUCGCAGGGAGUUUCAGCUGGGCGAGGCAGUGAAGUAUUUCUUGGAUAAUCUGGAUAAGCUCUGCAAGCCGGAUUAUCUUCCCAGUCAGCAGGACAUCCUGCUGGCCCGUAAGCCCACCAAGGGGAUCCACGAGUAUGACUUUGAGAUCAAGAAUGUUCCCUUUAAGAUGGUGGACGUGGGGGGGCAGCGGUCGGAGCGGAGGCGGUGGUUUGAGUGUUUCGACUCCGUCACCUCCAUCCUCUUCCUCGUAUCGUCCUCUGAAUACGACCAGGUGCUGAUGGAGGACAGGCAGACCAACCGGCUUCGUGAGUCGCUCAACAUCUUCGAGACCAUCGUCAACAACCGCGUCUUCGUCAACGUMUCCAUCAUCCUCUUCCUGAACAAGACAGACCUGCUGGAGGAGAAGGUGAAGAUCGUUCCGCUCAAAGACUAUUUUCCCGAGUACACCGGACAGGAGCACAGCCUGACGGAGGUCCAGGCUUUCAUGGUGGACUGCUUCCGGGCCAAGAGGCGCGACACCACGCUGAAGGCCCUCUACCACCACUUCACCACGGCCAUCAACACGGAGAACAUCAGGCUGGUGUUCCGGGACGUCAAGGACACCAUCCUGCACGACAACCUCAAGCAGCUCAUGCUUCAAUGACCCCUCGCUGACCCGUGAGAGUAGAGGAACCUGAACGGGAGAGACAGACCACUCCUCGCUCCUGACGAAGACUUGGGAGAGACCAGCCUCUGAAGAAUCACCAUUCUUCUUCAGACGUUUUAAUAAUCGUUUUCAAUCUCCUUUUCGAAGAGUUGGCCCUCUUGUUAGUUCAGGAUCUGAUUGGGGAACAAGUCUUUUGGGCAGACUGUGGUUUUAAACUAAAAACCAAAACUGGUUUGUUCAUUUUUUGGAAAACARCUGACCCCCUGCUGCUUGGUCUUGUCCUAAGUCACGCCUCGGUAAAUGAUCUGCUGGGGCCUUUCAGCUCACAGGGUGUCAGUGCUGGCACUAGUGGAAGUCAGAAAACUGUUUGAUACACCAGGUAAAUGGUCUUCAUUCAAACCUAUGAAGCAACAAACAGAAAACAGCCAGAGUCUAAUGUUUUUAUGACAAAGAUGGAUGCUUCAUCUGGAUUUUGAUCCUUUUAGAGUCGAUCAUUCAGUUCAUUUCCAAGCACUGACUUCAGGUUCACAGAAAUUUUCUCCAUUAUUCCUGUUGCACUCUCCACAUCUACCACGUUACUCUGUAAGAGAUUUUUUUAUUUCAUUUUUUAUCAUAUAGAAGCCGUAUUUUCUCAACACGCUGCACUGCCGUUUUUUUUUUUUAUACCACUAGCUGCAUCAUUUUUUCUCCAUUCCAGAACAGUAGGUUUUAGGUGCCGGCACAGGURUAAAAACCAGAACCAGAACCACCUGAAGGACUGUUGAUCAUGAAAACCCAUCGACUGGCUCCAGCACUGGCACCUUGUUUGUAGAAAACUGUUCGAAGAGGGCGCAACCACAAGACUGAAACAUUUCUGUGUGUUUUUAUGACCUAAUCACUGCCUUUACAAUGAAAGUCGAUAUUAGAUAUUAACUUCUUUUAUUAAGAUGAUUAAAAUUCAUCUAUUCUGACAUGUGGUUGAUAAUUAUGGUAAAAAAAAAAUAAAGCCACUAAGUGAACAUGCAGUCCACUGUUUUCCUCAGGGUUGAAUCAGAACCGGUGUUAUUGACGAUGUCAUUUCUGAAUAAUUUUGGACGUUUGGCUGUAGUGGGGCCUCCGCGUCGUUAGCUGGGUGGUGCACCUUCCCAACCCUGAUUCCCCCUCUUGUCUCUUGAUUAGUAAAAGGACCUUCGCAAGGCAAUCCUCCCUUCUGCCUUAAUCAUGAAUGUGCGUUAGCCUUUCUCCAGGGAUUUUACUUUUUACUGUUCGAAUAAACUAACCAACGUUACUUUGCUCAUUUGCAAACGGUGACAGUUUCUGUUUUGGCACUGACUCCAGGCUUCUUUGAGAAACCAUGAAACGUUUCUUCUUUUCUUUUUUUUUUUUCGUUUAUGCACACAAGACACUGCAGUUUUUGGACUCCUCUCRAAAGUUUGUGAUUUUUUGUAGAAGAAAUGUGACCAAAAAUUAAAAGCUACCAGAGUUGAAUACAUCCAUCAGUGAUUUAUUUUAUUUUAUUUGUUAGAGGAAUAUUUCAAAGCACUGUUAAUUUUAUAUUUUUUAAUCUUAAUCGUACUAUGCGUUCUCAAUACUGUGCACAUCGACAAGUCUGCAGUUUGUUUCAUCCACUAUUGAUGCUCUUAAGAGCUUCCCGUUGCUUCCUGUCCUAGCUUUGUAAAUACUGUAAUCUGUAUUUGUCAUGUAAAUAUUAUUCAGGUUAUUCUUCUUGUUUGUAAAUGGUUGUAGAAAUUGCUUUUUUUUUCCUAUGCUGGUUGUUUUUCAAAUCACUUCUUUUCCAAUGAUUUCAUUUCCUUUUGAUGUAGAUUUUUAUUUUGUAUUUUUUUCACAUCACUUCUUUGAAAUUCAUUUGUGUCAAGUCUAACGCUACCCUCAUAACCUUAUUAAUAAAAUACACUUUUCUAAUGAUA